AUGGUUGUAUUUAUGUUCAGCAGUAGCAAAAUGUGUCAGAUCAGUGAUUGGAAGACAAAUUGGAUCAUUCAUGAUGAUGACGAUGAUGAUGAUGUUGAUGUUGAUAAUGAAUCGGAUGAUGAUGAUGAUGAUGACUCGGAUGAUGAUGAUGAUGACUCGGAUGAUGAUGAUGAUGAUGAUGAUGAUGAUGAUGAUGAUGAUGAUGAUGAUGACUCGGAUGAUGAUGAUGAUGAUGAUGAUAUUCAGAAAUACGGGCUCUCUCCGAAGUUCCCAUCAGAGGGCUCCUCAGACGUGCGUGUCUGCACUGCAUCUACAUUGUAUAACACUGUUUCCAUCGUCAGAUAUCUUCCAUUUGUCAGAUUUAUAGGUCCGAACGCGUCUUUGACGAAUCCCGGUAGUAAAACAAAAUUUUGA